AUCUACACGAUUCAUUUGUUGAUUAGCCAUCACAGUCCGACAAUUGACUUACGACCAAAAAUCCUCAUAUCUAGAGAUCUCAAACCUUCUAAAAUUAGACCAAUUCCAAUUUCUGAAUCAAUCAAUUCAAAUUUCAAUUACACCAUGAUCAUCCACCCUUAUCUUCUUCUUCACUUUCUUCUCUUCUUUGUUUCUUCCUCCAUAGCCGCACCCACAAUCACCAUAUCCCCAACCUUACUCACAAAAUCCGGCGAUACCAUUAAAGUUGACUGGUCAAACAUACCCAAUCCAUCAAAACUAGAUUGGUUAGGAAUUUACUCUCCACCCAAUUCACCCAACCACCAUUUCAUUGGAUAUUUCUUCCUUUCUUCUUCACCCACAUGGGAAUCCGGAUCCGGGUCUCUUUCAUUUCCUUUGAUCAACCUCCGUCACCCUUACCAAUUUCGCAUCUUCCGAUGGACGGAAUCCGAGGUGGACCCUACCAAGAUGGAUCAUGACAAGAACCCAUUGCCUAGGAGCAAGCAUCUCUUGGUCCAAUCUAAGGAGGUCACGUUUGAGAAGCUCAAUGGGCCGGAGCAGGUCCAUUUGUCAUUUACAGAUAGAGAUGAUGAGAUGAGAGUGAUGUUUAUUGCUGGGGAUGGUGGGAAAAGGUUUGUAAAGUAUGGAGAAGAUGAGAAAGAGUUAAAGAAGGUGGUUGAAACGACCGUUGAAAGGUAUGAAAUAGAACAUAUGUGUGAUGCUCCUGCUAAUCAGAGUGUUGGUUGGAGAGAUCCUGGGUUUGUUCAUCAUGGAGUUAUGUCUAAUUUGAAGAAAGGGAAGAGAUAUUAUUAUAAGGUUGGAAGUGAUUCAGGGGGUUGGAGCCCUACCUUUAGUUUUGUCUCAAGGAAUGAGGAUUCUGAUGAAACUAUAGCUUUUAUGUUCGGAGACAUGGGAACUGCAACACCAUAUAGAACUUUUAUCCGUACACAGGACGAGAGCAUAUCUACCGUAAAAUGGAUCCUCCGUGAUAUAGAAGCUUUAGGAAACAAGCCUGCUUUUAUCUCGCAUAUUGGGGAUAUUAGCUAUGCAAGAGGAUAUUCAUGGAUAUGGGACAACUUUUUUAACCAGAUUGAGCCUGUUGCCUCCAAGGUUGCUUAUCAUGUCUGCAUUGGUAAUCAUGAGUAUGAUUGGCCUCUACAACCAUGGAAACCAGAAUGGGCAGCUUAUGCUAAGGAUGGAGGCGGUGAAUGCGGUGUGCCCUACAGUCUAAAAUUCAAAAUGCCGGGUAACUCUUCAUUUUUAACUGGAACCCGAGCACCAGCCACCCGGAAUCUGUACUAUUCAUUUGAUAUGGGGUCUGUUCAUUUUGUAUAUUUUUCAACCGAGACCGAAUUCCUUGAAGGAAGUGUGCAGUACAAUUUCUUGAAGCAUGAUUUGGAGAAUGUCAAUAGGGCCAAAACUCCAUUUGUUGUUGUCCAAGGGCAUAGGCCUAUGUACACAACUAGUAAUGAGCUAAGGGAUGCUGCAUUAAGAGAGAAGAUGCAAACCCACUUGGAACCUCUACUCGUGAAGAACAAUGUGACUCUUGCCCUGUGGGGUCAUGUCCACAGAUAUGAAAGGUUUUGUCCGUUGAACAAAUUUAGUUGUGGACAAAUGGGUGAGAAGCAAGGAGGAUAUCCUGUUCAUGUUGUGAUUGGAAUGGCAGGGCAGGACUGGCAGCCUAUCUGGCAGCCAAGACCAGAACACACUGAUAUGCCGGUAUUUCCACAACCUAAGCGAUCACAGUAUCGUGGGGGCGAGUUUGGUUAUACUAGGCUUGUUGCAACAAAAGAAACGCUCACACUUUCUUAUGUGGGAAACCAUGAUGGAGAAGUGCAUGAUAUGGUUGAGAUUCUGGCAACUGGAGAAGUCUUGAGCGGUGGUGAUCUUACUAGCAGUGAAAUGACCGAGCACCUUGAUAAAACUGAAUUUAUAGGUCAAAGUGCAUCACCCAUAUUCUUCCAGUUUGUGAAAGGAGGGAGCGUCUUGCUACUUGGUGCUUUUGUCGGUUAUGUUAUUGGGUUUGUUUCUCGUUCUAGAAAAGAUUCUCCUACUUCUGGGAAUAGUUGGCUCCCUGUUAAGACAACUGAAGAUUCUUGAAUUUGAAUUGUAUUGAAGCAAGCAGCUUACAUAGGUGAUUACCUUCUCUGCAUUCAUUAUUGCAGUCAUUGUUAGACUCUUGAGUAUGCACGAGUCUUGAAUGCUGCAGCUGGAAUGUAAGCAUGUUUUCUGAACUUACGUCUUAUUGGCCAUAGCCUAUUGAUACUUAGAUAACUGUAAAUAUCAUUCUAUGUUAGUGUUGUUGUGUUGCAUCAUGAAACUUUCAUGUACAAUUACAGCAUUUUUGAUGGCAAUUAUUAUUGUUCUUUAGAAUCUAUGUAUGGUUGUUUUAGAGAUGGUAUUUUCAUCUCAAUAUAUAACAAAAUUUGAUGUAAUUGAAAGGUUCGAUUUGAUAAUGUACUUUA